GGCGUAUGUGGGGAUCUUGCUAGCUCGGUCCCCUCCCUGAACUGGACUGAGGAAGGACCAGGUCGACACCACGGAUGGAAGAGAGCCCCCCUGAUGGCACAGGCCCCAUGCACGUGCCUUUGGGGCACAUCGUGGCCAAUGACAAAUGGCGCGGGUCGCAGCUGGCGGGGGAGAUGCAAGGGAGAAUUAAGCUCAUUUUUGAGGAUGGCCUGACGCCAGAUUUUUACCUGUCAAACAGAUCCUGCAUUCUUUAUGUCACCGAAGCUGAUUUGGUGGCAGGAAAUGCCUACAGAAAGAGGCUUGUUCGGGUUAGAAAUUCCAGUAAUCUUCAAGGGAUCGUCGUAGUUGAAAAAACCCAAAUGAGUGAACAGUAUUUCCCAGCCUUACAGAAGUUCACUGUGCUGGACCUCGGGAUGGUGUUGCUUCCAGUGUCCAGCCAGGUGGAAGCAUCCUGCCUCAUUGUCCAGUUAGUUGAAGAGCAAAUCAAAGAGCCCAGUAAGAACUCUCUUCUGAGGAAGAAACGGUCUCCGCUGUCUGAGCUAUCCCUCCUUCGAACCGUGCAGCAGAUCCCAGGAGUUGGAAAAGUUAAAGCCCCCCUGCUGCUGCAGAAGUUUCCGAGUCUCCAGCAGCUGAGUAACGCAUCUGUCCAAGAACUGGAGCAGGUUGUCGGGCAAGCCGCAGCACAGCAGAUCCACACCUUCUUCACACAGGCCAGGUGACAGCUGGCCCACAGCUGCUGUGUCUGUCUCUAGACCACAAACUGCAGGGUCAAGAACCAAGAAAAGAGGCUUCUCACAGCUACAUCCCCUGUUACGGGAUGAGGUGAGGCUUGAAUGGAGCCAGCCAGUCCUCCUGCCCUCCCGUCCGCCUCUCAGUCAGUGGGCACUGCUCUCCUCCUGCAGAGAUGAAAAGGGCCAGAGGGGAUCUCCCAUCAGUCAGGAACUCAUAGGGCCAUGUUUUAAUGUGCUGCCUUGACCUAUGUCUGUCACAGAAAGGUCUUCUAGGCCAGGCCCGGUGGCUCACGCCUGUAAUCCUGGC